AUGGCUCAGGGCCGUAAAAAGGCGUCCAAUUCUCCCGACAAGGCGAGACCCUUGCGUGUCAUUGAUCUUUGCACUGGCACAGGUUGCAUACCACUUCUUCUGCACGCGUUACUUGCUCCUCAUUUCCAGCAGCUGGAGAUAAUAGGAGUGGAUAUCAGUUCCACAGCCUUAGCCCUAGCCCAUGAGAACCUUGAGCAUAACCUGCAACUGGGCCAAUUGGCAUCCACCGCAGCCGCAGACGUCCGCCUCCAUCGCGCCGAUGUCCUCGGACACGGAAAUGACAAUUCAGUACCAUCCGCUGAGUCAAUACUGCAAACCCAACUUCCCGAUUUGGGAGCAUUGGACACCGCACUACCCGACCAAGAAAGUGGAUGUGAUCUAUUAAUCUCCAAUCCGCCCUACAUAUCCCAAACAGAGUUCCGAAAUGGCACCACUGCGCGUAGUGUACGGCGUUUCGAGCCCAAGCUGGCACUUGUACCCCCAUACUCAAGCUCCAGGAUAGAAGACUGUAUGCCCGAGGAUAUCUUCUAUCACCGCAUUCUCACUCUGUCACUCAAGUUGAAGGCCAAGCUUACGGUGCUGGAGUGUGGGGAUUCUAAACAGGCUAAUCGAGUGAUUGCUCUUCAUAAACGACUUGCUUGUGCGGAAUCUGAGAAGUUCAGUGCGGAGAUUUGGCCGAGUCGAGAGCAGGAUUUGGCUAGUAAUGGGUUUCAUGUGACUGACGGAUCGCGAGCUGUUAUCAUACAGACACUCCGGUAG